AUGGCUGACGUACCUGACGUACCGGACGUACCCGCAGCCUCGCCUGGGCCUGCUGCUGCAGAGACGCCCGCGCAGCAAAAGGCACGUCUUCGCAGAGAGCGCCUGGCUGCGAAGAGCGGUGCAUCUCGAUUGCAAAAGAUCUCUGCGCUGCAGGGCGGCCCCCCCAAAGACGUAAGCGAGAUACAGAAAGAUGUACCCGUCCAACCUGCACCAGCGUCUCGAGCUUUGUCCGGCUCCGCGACGCCAGACCCAGAUGAAGUAGACAUCUCCCACCAUCAUUACACGCCUGCAUCUCAACCACGUCGCCCCUCCCCCUUCGCCUUCGAUGCCGACCCCACGCCUGCCUUCCCGCAGCCUCCACCAGGCCAAGGCGACCCAUCCGUGGACCCCAUGAUGGCCAUGCUUCAGCAGAUGAUGGGCGCCGGACCAGGUGCCAUGCCUGCCAUGCCGGGUCGCCGUCACCCACACCCGGGCGGUCCGGGCGAUCUUCCUCCCGCUCUCGCCAACAUGCUCUCUGCCAUGGGUGGUGCUGGUGCUGGUGCUGGUGCUGGUGCUGGUGCUGGUGCUGGUGCUGGCACGGGUACUGGUGGGGCCACGGAGCCGUCACCAGAGCAAUCUUCGGCCUGGAUAUGGCGCUUGGUGCACUCUCUGUUCUCGCUGGGCCUUGCCAUCUACAUUGUCCUGCAGACACCCUUCACUGGCUCCAAGCUGUCACGCAACACCGCCCUUAUCCCUGUCGACGAAGACUGGACUGUGGGAGCCACGCCUUCGCAGAACUUUGCACAUUUCUUCUACCUGUUCGCUACCUUCGAGCUCAUCAUGCAGUCCUCGCGCUACUUUGUUGAAAACGGUCAGUUGCAGGGAAGCGGGAUCCUGAGCACCGUGGCAGGUUUCUUACCACCGCCGUACGGUGGCUACGUCAGAACCCUUGGCCGUUACGGUGUCAUAUACACAACAGUUGUCAGCGAUGCCAUGGUCGUUGUUUUCGUACUGGGCGCCACAAGCUGGUGGAGAGGCGCUGGCAUUGCGUAA